AUGGAACCACAUCCUCUAAUCGACCGUUUCUCAUCGUACUGGAAGUUGCUUCGAGUAACAGCUCUUUGUUUACGCUUCGCGCGGAAAUGCCAGCGUCGACACAAGGCAAUUCCUGGCAUCUACCACAUCAGUGUGGCGGAGCUGCAAGUCCCAAAACUAGUUUUGGUUCGUCAGGUGCAGCAGGAAUCGUUCGCUACAGAGCUCAAAGAGCUAUCCAAUCAUCGCGUGGCCCCAGUCCGCUCACCGUUGAAACUCCUCAACCCGUUUCUCGAUCAGCAAGGCGUACUCCGUGUUGGUGGCCGGCUUGUAGCCGCGAACGAAUCGUUUCCCGUAAGGUACCCCAUCAUCAUCCCUAGCAAACAAUCGUUUUCGCGUCUUGUCGCUGUUGCAUACCAUCAGCUCUCCCUUCACGCUGGCCCACGUAUGACGCUCGCACAUGUCCGCCAGGAAUAUUGGCCCCUGAAUGGCAUGUCUCUAGCAAGCUAUACUUACCGGAAUUGCAUACGCUGUUUCCGAAGCAACCCGGUCCCUGUCACCCAACCUCCCGGGCAGCUUCCUCGUUCUCGAACCCUUCCCGCUCGACCUUUCGCUACUACUGGCGUAGAUUAUUGUGGUCCGAUCUAUCUCAAACCCGCUCAUCACAAGGCUACAGCACAGAAGGCCUACAUCACUGUUUUCGUCUGCUUCUGUACCAAGACAGUUCACUUGGAGUUAGUGGGCGAUUUGUCGACAACUAAAUUCAUCGCCGCUCUUCGUCGUUUCGUUGGAAAACGAGGCGUUCCUGCCGAGAUCCAAUCGGACAACGGGCUCAAUUUCAAAGGGGCUAGCAACGAACUCCGAGCACUAUACGAUCUGCUCAAUGAUUCCACAAGCACAACUACCAUUAGCAACGAAGCCGCUCGUAAUGGAAUCGUGUGGAAAUUCAUUUCACCGAAAGCUCCAAACUUCGGUGGUCUUUGGGAAGCCGCCGUCAAAUCCGCUAAGUCUUCCCUGGUAAAACUUCUUGGACAACGUCGUUCGAGGAUAUGA